CCGAGAGGAUUUUUUUUGAAAAGGAAGAAAGUUGACUUGCCAUUUAAAUCUGGAUUAAUCGGAAUCUUCUCUCCAAAUAUUCGAGAAAUCCAAUUUAGUUGCCACCUUUAAAAAGCCACCCUCACCACACCACACGUCAAAGUUCAAACACAGUUCACCGGCAUUUCUUUAGCUUCAGGAUUGAGUUUCACCAACCUUUCGCUGCAGUUGUCAGGAUGAGAAGGUUGAAAUAUUUCUGCUUGGCAGUUCAUUUGGUUCUUCUUGCAACUCUUCAAGUUCAAGAUGUGGAGUCUCAUGGAGAUCAGCCUUUGUCAAAGAUUGCUGUUCACAAGGCAGUGUCUUCCCUUCAUUCCCAUGCUUAUGUGAAGGCCUCCACUGCAGUUCUUGGGCUCAAGGGGCAGUAUGUGGAAUGGUUGACAUUGGAGUUCAGUUCUCCACACCCUUCAAAUGAUGACUGGAUUGGAGUGUUUUCUCCUGCCAAUUUCAGCGCUUCGACCUGCCCUGCGGAAACUAAAAGCUCUUCUGCUCCAUUUUUGUGUUCAGCACCUAUAAAGUAUCAGUACGCGAACUACACAAGUCCAAGGUACAAAGAUACCGGGAAAGGCUCCUUGAAACUGCAGUUGAUUAACCAGAGAUCAGACUUCGCUUUUGCACUAUUCUCGGGUGGUUUAUCAGAGCCGAAGCUGGUGGCAGUGUCAAAUAAAGUUGCAUUCGCAAAUCCGAAAGCUCCAGUUUAUCCACGCCUAGCGCAAGGAAAAUUGUGGAAUGAAAUGACUGUAACAUGGACAAGUGGAUAUGACAUCGUGGAAGCAACCCCUUUUGUUGAGUGGGGUAUAAAAGGAGAAGACCGUGUGAAAUCCCCAGCUGGGACAUUGAACUUCGACCGCAACACCAUGUGUGGUGCACCGGCAAAGACAGUGGGGUGGCGAGAUCCUGGAUUUAUACACACUGCUUUUCUGAAGGAAUUGUGGCCCAACACAGUGUACACCUACAAGGUUGGACACAGAUUGCCAAAUGGUUCCCAUAUUUUGAGUCAAGAAUACAAGUUCAGAGCAUCUCCAUAUCCUGGUCAUAAUUCUGUUCAACGCAUUGUCAUCUUCGGUGACAUGGGAAAGGAUGAAGCUGAUGGAUCCAAUGAAUAUAACCAAUACCAGCGUGGCUCUCUCAACACUACUAAGCAGCUAAUCCAAGACUUAGAGAAAAUUGAUAUCGUUUUCCACAUUGGGGAUAUCUGUUACGCAAAUGGAUACCUUUCGCAGUGGGACCAAUUCACGGCACAGGUUGAGCCGAUAGCAUCUGCUGUUCCUUACAUGAUCGCAAGCGGUAAUCAUGAGCGUGACUGGCCAGGCUCAGGAUCCUUCUAUGGGACCACGGAUUCAGGCGGGGAAUGCGGUGUCUUGGCCCAGACCAUGUUUUAUGUCCCUGCUGAAAACAGGGCUAAGUUCUGGUAUUCCACUGACUAUGGCAUGUUCCGGUUCUGCAUUGCGGACACAGAACACGAUUGGAGGGAGGGAACAGAGCAAUACAAGUUCAUUGAGGAGUGCCUAGCAUCAGUCGAUAGACAAAAGCAACCAUGGCUGAUCUUUCUGGCUCAUCGCGUGCUAGGUUAUUCUUCUGCAAGCUUUUAUGUCGCCGAAGGAUCAUUUGAGGAACCAAUGGGAAGGGAAAGCCUUCAGAAAUUAUGGCAGAAGUACAAAGUUGACCUCGCUGUAUACGGCCAUGUGCACAACUACGAAAGGAGUUGCCCCAUUUAUCAGAAUAUCUGCACCAGUAAGGAGCAGCACAAUUACAAGGGUAACUUGAAUGGCACGAUACAUGUGGUUGCUGGUGGCGGAGGAGCGAGUCUUGCAACCUUUGCUCCUGUUCAAACGGAAUGGAGUAUCUUCAAGGACUAUGAUUACGGGUUUGUCAAACUGACAGCGUUUGAUCGCUCGAACCUAUUGUUCGAGUACAAGAAGAGCAAGGACGGAAAGGUCUACGAUUCGUUCAGAAUAUCAAGGGAGUACAAGGACAUCUUGGCCUGCUCUGUUGAUAGUUGCCCGAGUACAACUCUGGCAUCUUGAAUUUGUUUUGAGUUUUCAAGUUUGAGAGUAGUGAUCGUGUGCUCGUGUAUACAAGAAAGCUGUUGUUCCUUUCUUCCCUUCAGUUUAAUGACAAAUUGACAGCUUCUUCGUA